AUCACGGUCUGGCAGGCUGGUUGGAAUAUCACCAAUGCAAUCCAGGGGAUGUUUAUAGUAAGCUUCCCGUACGCUCUUCAACAAGGUGGAUACUGGACUCUUCUAGCAAUCUCUGCGGUGGCCGUCAUCUGUAUUCACACCAGCAAGAUCAUAGUGAAAUGCCUGUACGAAGAUGAUGCUUGUGGAAACCAAAUUAGAGUUCGAAACAGUUAUGCUGAUAUCGCUGAUAGAGUCUGGGGAGCUAGGUUCGGGAGAUAUCUGCUAAUUUUCGCACAACUAAUAGAACUAUCUAUGACCUGUAUCCUCUACAUUCUUGUUAGUGGAGAACUCCUUCAUGGUUGCUUCCGGUCACAUGACGUGAGUCUUGCCACAUGGGUAAUCCUCAGCACCGUGCCACUUCUUCCAUGUGCGUUUUUACGAAGUAUUCGAUGUGUUUCUAACCUGAGCUUCUGGUGUACUGUUACUCAUAUGAUAAUAAACGCAAUCAUCAUAGUAUAUUGCUUUACUCAAGUGUCCCAGUGGCAUUGGGACCAAAUGCCAGUGAAGAUCAACAUUUGGGAGUUUCCGAUCUCUCUUGGGAUUGUUGUUUUCAGUUACACAUCACAAAUAUUUGCACCAAAGUUAGAAGGCAACAUGAGAAAUCCCAAACAAUUCAAGCAUAUGUUAUAUUGUACUCACAUCUCUGCUGCAAUCUUCAAAAGCGUAUUCGCAUACGUUUGCUUUUUAACCUGGGGAAGAGAAACGAUGGAAGUUAUUACCAACAAUUUGACACAGCCUGGAUUCAAAAUCACUAUAGAUCUCAUACUGGUUCUAAAAGCUCUACUUUCAUUCCCUCUUCCAUACUAUUCAACUGUUGAAAUUAUUGAACAAGAAUGUUUCAAUUUGAAGAGCCCAUUUCUUUUUUCGUCAUGCGCUGGUGAUCAUCACGCGUUAAAACCGUGGACUGUUGUCCUACGACUCCUUCUUGUCAUCGCAACUAUGUUGCUGGCCGUGUUUUUACCACAUUUUUCAAUACUUAUGGGAUUAGUCGGAAGUUUUACGGGGACGAUGCUGUCUUUUGUUUGGCCAUGUUACUUCCAUCUCCAAAUUCAUGGCCAUAGAUUGCUCUGGUAUGAUAAGCUUAUAAACUGGGUCAUCAUUUUGCUCGGGGUUGCUAUUGGUGGAAUCGGCAUGUACUAUUCUGGAAUCGCCCUCCAUCACGCAAUGGAGGGUCCAUCCAGGGCAAACACUUUCAACAGUACACAACUGAGUGAAACAUGA